AGUAAGCAGCAAGGUGCUAGCAGCGUUAGCUUCCUUCUGUUCGGUUGGAAAACGGUUUUUGCUGUGUGAGCUGAAUAUUUCCGUGUCUGUAGUAACAAUAUCUCCGGUUUAUCGUCAGAGAGACUAAGAGCUGCUGGAUAAAUAUUCAAACAGAUCGAUCAUCAGCCCAGCUGGAAAACCCGAACCGUCUCGGAACCUCCUGGAAGUGUUUGCUGAUCCAGACUUCAUCGAACCUCAUGUCUGUUCCUGCUCAUGCUCUCAUAACUGAAGGGCAGAACUCAGAUGUCCACAUGACGGUAAACGCUAUGAAAAUAAAAGAGCAAAAACAACUCAAGAUGGGUGAGCCAAAAGAGGAACCAGUACAUCAACCAGUCAAAGAAGAACAGGUUGAACUGUGGGGCAUUCAGGAUGAGGAGCAGCUUUUAGUGAAACAGGAGAGCAGCACCUCUACGGCGACUGCUGCUGAUGAGAAAAUAUUCCACAAUGAACCAGAACUGGAGCAGAGGAUGGAGAUAAAGGAGGAACCAGAACCUGUAGAGAUUAAAGAAGAGCAAAAGCAUCUCUGCAGUGAUCAGGAUGAAGAUCAUCUUUUAGUGAAGCAGGAUCCUGAAGCCUUUAUGGUGUCUCCUACCUAUGAGCAAGAAGACAAUAACGAACCAGAACCAAACAAGAACCAGCUGCUCUCUGCAAACGGACCUGAAGAUGAGAACCAACAUCAGCAAGAAAGCAACCAGAACGACUCAGGAUCCAGUAGAGAUAAAGAUCUGAGUCCAGAGAAGAGACCACAGGACAGCAGAAAUCAGAGGGACAGUGUGGACAAUUCAGAACUAAAAAAACAUAAAACAGAUUUACCCUGCUGUAAAGUAUGUGGUAAAUACCUGACAACCCGACAGCACUUGAGUUUGCACAUGAGAAUCCACACCGGGGAGAAGCCACAUCCUUGUAAGAUGUGUAGUAAAUCUUUUAGAAAUAGUGGUAAUUUGCUUCGGCAUGAAAGGACUCACUCAGGAGAAAAGCCGUUUUUUUGCGAAGUGUGUGGUAAGUCCUUCAGGUAUGGUGGACAUUUCACUAUUCAUAAGAGAACACACACAGGGGAAAAGCCAUAUCACUGUAAACUAUGUGCCAAAUCCUUCAGUGACUGGACAGGUAUGACCAGACACGUGGGAACUCACACCAACGAGAAACCAUAUCCUUGUGGAGUGUGCAAAAAAUCUUUCAAAAAACGACAUGACUUGUCUCGUCACCUUAAAACUCACACAGGUGAGAAGCCUUUCUCCUGCAUGACAUGUAGGAAAGGCUUCAUCAGGAAAUUUGCUUUAACUAUGCACAUGAGAACUCACACAGGCGAGAAGCCGUAUCCGUGUGAACUGUGCGAAAAAUCUUUUCGAGACCAGAGUAAUUUAGCUCGACACAUUAAAACUCACAUGGGAAAGAAGCAGUAUUCUUGUGAUGUGUGUGAUAAAUCUUUUAGAGACCGUGGCAAUUUGGCACGUCACAUAGGAACUCACAUGGGUGACAGACAUCCUUGUGAAUUCUGUGUUAAAUCUUUUAGACAGAGUAGUGAUUUGGUUCGUCAUCUUAGAACGCACACAGGCGAGAAACCUUUCUCAUGUUCGACUUGUGGUAAAAGUUUCCCAAGGCAAUCUGCCUUGAAUGUUCACACAAGAGCUCAUACAGGUGAGAAGCCGUUUUGUUGCGACUUGUGCCACAAAUCUUUUAGAGACAAUAGCAACAUGGCUCGUCACCUCAGAACCCACACAGGUGAGAAACCAUAUUCUUGCAAACUGUGUGGUAAGUCCUUUCAGCACUCUUAUUAUUUGACCAAUCACAUGAGCACUCACACAGGUCAGAAACCAUAUCCUUGUGAUUUGUGUGAUAAAUUUUUCAUGCAACGCAGCGAUUUGGCUCGUCACCUGAGGACUCACACAGGGGAGAAGCCUUAUUCUUGUGAAUUCUGUGAUAAAUCUUUCAGACAGAGCAGUAUUCUGACCCGUCACCUCAGAACUCACACCGGUGAGAAGACUUGAGACUCUCCCAUACUUCUCAAGCUGAACAAUCAAUGCGCCGUUUUGCUUUUAUGAAAUGGUCAUGGAGAGAACACCACCCCUUCCUGCAGACAGCCUCCUUUGUGGACAACGUCGUUGCAAUUUCCGUCCAGGAGUUUGUAGCCAUUUGACAGUCUUCAUAGUUAUUUGGUGAAGAAUUACGUAAAUACAUAAUUCCUCACCGCAUUCGGUAAAUGUCCCUCAAAAGUAUUCAUGUAGCCUGUGAAUACAAAAACCAAAUACUGGUUGAAGCAAAAUAUCAAUAUUGCUGUCUAAGCUUAUUUCUACACAAACCUGCGACCAAUCACAACGCGCAGAAUGACUCCGUUUUCAUCUUGUGACUACGGUAGUGAGAGCCGAUGUCGACACUUCAGAAGGUUUCCAAAAGUCUUCAUGUUGACUUGGGGAAAAAGUUUCACCACUCAAACUAAAUAAUCAUUUAUUUAAGUGAUUGUUCUUGUAAUCUGUGUGUAAAAUAUUUACUUUCAGGUUUAAAUUGAUUAAAAACAAAAUCUGAAGAAGUUCUCUGGACUCUGGAAUAAUGUAUUUCUUGGUUGAAGGACAAAGAUCAGAUCACUUUUAUAAUCAAUACUUAAUAUCACCUUCUGAGGUUCACUUUCUGGUUACAGUCAGACUCUUUGCUGCAAAUUCACUGGGUUAUAAACAAAUUCGCAAUUGAUGGACAAGCUUCUUUAUAACAAAAUUUUCAAUUUCCAGCACAUUUAUUGUUAUGAAAAUUUAAUUUUUUUCUACUUAAGUCUUAUGACCAUGUUGAACUUUUGUGUUUAAAGUCUGGUGACUGUGUGAACAUGUGACUAGGAUUACAUUGUUAUAUGACCUUGAAAUAAAAACUGAUGGCGGUGUACACCGAUGGACUGACAGCCAACAGCUGCCCUUAAAUUUGAAAGUUGAACUGAGGUAUUUGUUACUAAUUUGCAUUGUUUUGUAAAAAGUCUGAGGACAGAAAACUUAAUGAUGUACAAUAUUAUUAUGUUGAUUGUUUUUGAUGUGAAGCCAUUUGAAACUUGACUUUUUAAGUGUUUUAUAAAACAA